UAGCUCAUAAUACAAUAUUGAAAGAUGUCAAUAACAUCAAACAACGUUGUAGCUAAUGAACUGUGUGAGUUCUUCGAAGUUGUCAUUCACAGUAUUUUGUAUAGUAGAAAAUUAUAUCCGGAAUCGAUUUUCGGACCAAUUAGUAGAUAUGGCAUAAAUGUCUACAGAUGCACCGACACAGAAAUCAACGAGUAUAUCAACGAAUCUCUGAAAGCUGUCGACUAUCACAUUAGAAAAGGGCACUUGCAAAAACUAUUUAUCUGUUUCCACACAGAUAAAUUGCUGUACGAAAGAUACGUUUUUGAAUUUGUGGAUUUAAAGUGCUUUAUAGACAAGAAUCCUUACGGUACAAAUUUGGGAAAAUACUUUGGUGAAUUUGUUAUGAUGCUGCACACAUCCAACUUUCGCUUGUUGCCUUUGCCUGAUGAGGCUCAUUUUAGUCUUAGAAUUAUGACUGCGCCAUCCCACUUUACAGAAGAACCUUCAUUUGAGAAUUUCCCUUGGAUUGAAAUAAGUAACGAUGAAAACUGUAUUAAAACAUCAAAUGUAAUUCCAGUAUACAAUAUUAAGAGAGAUUAUCUGGACUUAUCAAUUUAUGUGGAAAAAUCUGCUGACGUUUAUAAUUAAAGAAUUAUGAAAUAAAAAUCUUAAUCAUAA